CUCCCUGCUCUGGCUCAGCGCUUUACCUGACUUCCAGGAACUGCCCCGCCCUGACUCACGGGCGCAUUGGACGCCGGGUAUCGUUGCGCAAUAGGGGAUGCCGGGCCCCGCAAACUCUGAUAUGAAAUGCAGGUUCUUUACCGCGCUAGGGCGCACCUAUGCUUGCUAGCCUAAACCUCAAGAACUCAACCUAGCACACCGCCGCGCCCGAACCCACCGCCUUUGCUUGCUUUCGCCUAGCUUGCUUUCUUCCUCUCCCGGCCGCCGCGACCUCUUGAUUUAUUGCUUUUUCAGUGGUCCCUGUCUCUUUCCUGCCCUUUUCGGCCAGGUCUCUGGUUUGCGCUCGGCAAGCGCUCUCCGGCUAGCGCCAACUCGUCGCGCCGCAGCCGCUGCAGCCAGCUUCAGGCGCGUUAGCUUCCAUAUGGCUGCGACCCUGCUGACGCGGCAGCAGCACGGCGCUGCGGCGUCCUGCGCGGCAGCGCCCGGCCGGGCCCGGUGCUGCAGUUUUCCUGCUGCACCUCGGCUUUUGGCGCAGCGCCCCAGCACCUCGGCCCUUCGCGUCCUCAACACAGCCUCGGGCUCGCGGGGGUCUCCUCAGCAGCAGCCGCAACAGCACGACAAGGGCGCGGAUCUCGGAAACCCAUCCAACAGCUCGGUCAAGCCCUCUCGCCGCGACAGCGCUGCACUUUUGGACGCGCCCAGAUCGUUCUGGAUCAAUGCGGCAGCGGGGCUAGCAGGCGGGCUGCUCCUGACGGCUGCAGCAAUGCACUUGAGCGGCGACGCGCACGCGGCUGCUGUGCUGCAUACAAAUGUUGCCUCGUCCGCUGCCGGCAGCUCGCUAGCUGCCGGCAGCUCGCUAGCUGCAUUCACCAAGGAUUUCGGCCCAGCGGACCUCUUGAACCACAGCUUCGGCCCGGCGCGGCCGCUCUGGACCAUGCUCAUCCAUUCGCACACGCACGCCUCCGCCUACUUCACUUCCCCACACGCCGCCACUGCUGUAGCCGGCGCAGCUCAGCACCUGCCCCACCUGCCCCACCUGCCGCUGCCCGUGUCCGGUGUGUCGGGUGGGGGCGGAGGCGUGAGCCCCGUGGCAGAGCCCUCGUCGGCUUCCGAGCUGUGGACGCAGGCGCGUGGGGCGGCGCAGGAGGCGGCGGCGCACGUGUCUCAGGCGACGCACGGCGCGGUGGCGCAGACCAUCGAUGGCUACAACGCGUGGCUCGAGGAGAGCCCGCUGAUGUGCAAGAUCGUGACGGGCAACUUCUUCACCGUCGCUGGCGACAUGCUUGCGCAGCUGGCAUGCGGUGGAGGCGGAGGCGGGCACGGCGCACCUGAGGCCGUCGAGCCUGAGGCCGCCACAGCUGCUGGCGCUGCCGCUGACGGGCGCCGGCGUGUGGACUGGGCGCGCACCGCCCGACUGUGCACCGAGACGUCGCUGGUCGGGACCCCGCUUGCGCAUUUCUGGUUCAACCUGCUUGAUGCGCGCAUCCUGCCCGACGACCCGCACUGCCCCGCCGCCGUGCUGAGCAAGAUGCUGCUGGACCAGGUGCUGUUCGCGCCGCUGGGCCUGGCGCUGUUCUUCGUGGUCAUCAAGCUGCUGGAGGGCCGCCCGCAGGACAUCAGCCGCAGCCUCAAGACCAGCUACGUCAAGUCUCUGUUUGGCGGCUACCUGCUGUGGCCCGCCGCCGGGCUGCUCAACUUCGCGCUGCUGCCCAACGAGUACCGCCUGCUGUUCAACAACUGCGUCAACAUCAUCUGGACCUGCUUCCUGUCCAUCAUGUCGAGCUCGGAGAACACCCAAAGCUCAACCACCGGUGCUGGGAGCGGCUCAUCACUGGUGGCGGGCUCGCCGGCUUCGGCCACUGCUGCGGCACCCCUAUCGGCUGCUUCUGCCUCUUUGCGGGCCGAGGCAAUUGCGGCUGCCGGCUCCAGCUCCAGCAGCAUGCUCAUGGCAGGCGCCCAGGACUUUGCGGCGACAGCUGUGGCGGCGGCCGCCUUGGGCGCUGCGUACAGCAGCAACCGGCCGGCGCUGGGUGCUGUGGCUGGCCUGGCAGUGGCGGUGGUGGAGGCGACCUGCCACUCGGCGGCAGCGAACGCUGCCGCUGCCGCGGCUGCAUCCGCACCUGCUACGGCGGCGGCUCCACAGGCCGAGCUCCCGCAGCAGCAGCAGCAGCCGACGCAGGCGUCACUUCUACACACGGAGGUUGAAAGUGCAAGCAGCGGGUCUGCUAGCUCGGCUGCUGCUGUUGAGGGGGCUGCUUUGGCGCGCUCGUUCGCCUGGGGCGAAUCCGUGCUGGUGGGAGGCCCGUGCCUUGAGGUGUGUGAGCGCGAGCGGGAUGAGGCCAAUCGCUGAGCGCGCCUACUUGCUCCCACGUUGGAGCUUGGCACCAGCGGGCGUGCGGGUGGCUGGUAUGCGGAGGUUACUAGGCAUCAGACAAGGCCAGGUGUCAACCCUAGCACGUUUGGCGUAAACUUUCUCGUUAUGACACGAGUGUAGAAGAGUGUGAGGGCACAUGGCCAUGCACGCACUGUGUUUGUGACGUACGUCCUAAAGAGGCAAGACGCAGAAGCGAGGGACAGUCAUUGCAUAUUGUCAAGCGCAAGUCGUGUAGCCAACGAAUAGGGUGGGUUGAGCAGGAUGUCGGACGCAGGAGUAAUCGGGCUGUGGGCGGCACGCACACGUGUACCACAGGCGGCGCACGCAGGGCGGGUUUGAGAAUGAUUGUGGAUUCUGUGAAAUUGGUGCGGCGUGAAGAUGUGAGAGAUGUGAGUCGCUACAGAUGUGGCGUGCACACGAUGACAGCACGCAUCAGAGAAGACAAUCGAGACACGAGAGUGAUGAUGUGCAUUUUAUCACCAACUUGCAUGAACCUAUUGUAUUAGGUAUUACACGUGCUUCAUUGAAAGCUAUGAUAGCCGCAGGACUGCUGGUGGUGAUUCCGGUGCAGUGGGACUGGGCAGUAGUUGGACUGCGAGGAGGUUGGGCAGUAGCCAACACAAACAACUGGUGUCGGUGCACCCAGGCGGGGCAAUGCUUUCGAAGUGCACCUGCAUGCAUGGCGGGAAUGCCGCUGCGUGUUUGGAUGGGCUGAGGCAUGCUCCAUCCAGCGUUAACAAGCGCACUACUAUGGUGUGCUGACGCGCGCGGAAACAAUGUUGGAAGGGCCUGCUGGGCGGCCGUCCUUAACGCUGGUGGGUAGCUCCCGUGUCGGGGAUUGUGUGGCGGGGUCGGGGAUUGAUGCGCGCUGUGACGGGUUACUUGCACCGAUUGUGGUGUGACUGGUGUCACAGAACUUGCUGAUUGAGAGGCGUCACAUUCACUGAUACAGCCCGGAGCACAUGGUUAUCAGAGACCUACCCAGGGUAGCAGUCAAUGCUGGGACGUCCGCCCAAGCUUCCACGUCCGCGCUCUGUCUUUGAGUCGCUUUGCCUCUGCUUCAGAUUUAGUCAGUGGCGGCCUGCUCGUUUGCUUGGUGCUCCCUCACCUUGACUGCACCCGCUGUCAUGGACAGCUCCACCAUGGGUUCCGUGGCGUGGACUGCAUUGAAAGGUCGGGAAUGUCGGGGGACCAGGCUGCCUCAUGACAUGCGGAUACGAAGGGUGGGGCUCUGUAACUACCAAUACAG